CCAUCGUUAGGAGAAUUUUAAGAAACGCCUAAUGGCAUGCAAAACGAUGUCCAAAGAUCACACUUUUAUUCCAAUUCGAAUACAAUAAUCAUUGCACAAAAUAGAAGUGGUGGUCGUACUCUGUUUUCGAAAGGGAGAGGACAUUUUAUUUGUCCGCCACCAUGGAGACUAGGACGCUAAGUACGGCAUUGUGUGGUGUCGUCUUCUGUAUUGCGUCCAUUCUGGCGUCCCCGGCUUCAGAAAAUGGCAACUGUUUUAAGGCAUUGGGCAUGCGCACUCGAGAGAUUCCGGUUGAAUGGAUAUCAGCGUCAUCGACAGCUUCUGGACUGACUCUGGACAAUAUGAGGUUUAGAGUGUUCCCAGGGAAACCAUGGUGUCCAGCCAGUGGCAAAAAUAGGGAUGCAUUCGUGCAGGUGUCAUUUCCUCAACCUGUACGGAUAACAGGGGUAUACGUGGACGGGUUUGCUAACAGAGAUAGUAUCUCAAGCUUUACUAUUAGAGUUAAUGACCUGAACACUGUUAACGGAAGAUGGAGAACACUGAGUAACAACGGGAUUCCAUCGGUGUACCCUCCAUUUAUCACGGCCACAUUUCCUGGAAUUACCACCGACGCCAUCCAGAUUGUACCUAAAACGUAUAGAGGGCGCCCAUGCAUGAAACUAGAAGUGUACGGCUGUGCAUCAAAGACAUGGGUAACCCCAACCAUGCGUCCAACAACUACGACUAGGAGACCAACGACAACAACUCGUAAACCGACGACGACAACUCGUAAGCCUACAACGACAACUCGCAAGCCUACAACGACAACUCGCAAGCCCACAACUACAACUCGCAAGCCUUCAACUACAACGCGUCCGACUACCACCACAAAACGUACGACAACGACUAGAAAACCAACUACCACAACUACUCUUAAGCCUACCACAACUGUGAAGUUGCCGUCUCGUUGUACAGCGUUUCCCGAGUUACGUAUUCCGAAGAUAGAUGGCGACGUAAGCGGUGAAACAACGUACUUGACGUGUACGUUAGACCUCACUGACCAGAGGAAUGUGCAGCUUUUAGUGACGUGGUAUCAUAAUGGCAUGGAGGUCAGAAGACAAUGGUUGGAUAAUAACGUGAACCGCGGACGAUUGGAUGUUUCCGGGGACUUUAAGAGAUGGAAAACCGGUGAUAAGUUUACCUGUAGCACGAGUGGACGCUUUGUAGAAAGAACAUGCACUGGUCCUACAAGUCAGGCCACGACAAGUCUACCACUAGUAGCCGAAAUAAAGGUGACAAAUCCAGGAAAUAUUGUGAUUGAAGAGGGAGGUGAUAGCAAAGACAUCACAAUAGAAAUCACAGCCCCUCCGUUGUUCUUCUGCAAAUCUGCGUAUGAGAUUGAAAAAUGUACGCUACAAUUUGACGUCAGCGUGGAGAAGGUACGUCAGGAGUGGAAGUGCCGUAAACGUACCGUUAUCUCGCAGGCUGUGAUUGGUUGGAAUGGACGACCGGAGGAUGCUUUCUGCGGGGUCGUAGUCACGGAAACUACCUAUCAACGAUUGAUUAGGAUCCCGAUACGCGCUAAGAUUGAUUUUAAAUACGACAGGAAUCAACAGCGUGUCGUCUGGAUUGAGGCCGCUCACAAAGUUGCUGGCAAUGUUGUUCGAGUGGAAAAAAUCAAACAAAUUUCUGUGGCCAUUAUUGAUCGUGACAGGAAGUCACAAUGCAGAUCAGUAAAUGACCCUCACUUGACGUCAUUUGAUGGAAAACGAUUUGACAACAUGUUGGUUGGAGAGUUUUACAUAUAUCGCCACAAGAGUCUUCCCUUCCAAAUUCAUGGGUUUUACACGAAAUGUGGCCGUAGGGGUAGGGCUUCGUGUAACUGCGGCGUGGGUAUCAAGUCGGGUGAUGACGUCAUCAUGCUAAGUAGGUGCCCCAGACCAAAGCCGCCGAAGAAGCCUGGUGGAGUCUUUGACUGGAUUUUCGAAUACGAGAAGUUGAAACUUAAAGGAAAACUUGGGUACAAAAUCCUCGGAAAGAAAGGUCUUACAUGGGCUCUAAUCACCGGAAGUAGCAAGAAAAAACCUCCCCUUGAACUGAAGAUGUUCAAAAAUGGAGAACUGACUUCGGGCACUAAGAUCUUUAGUUUUAACAAAGGAAAUAAAUAUGAGGUCCAUCUUCCCACUGGUCUCUAUCUCACGGUCACCGUAUCAGGGAAAACACACGUCAACAUCUACGUCAACCCUUCCCCCAUUGAUUUCAAACAAUCUGAAGGUCUUUGUGGUUUCUACGAUGGUAACCAACGCAACGAUCUAAUGAUGCCUGAUGGUAGCAUACACCGUCCUCCGAGGAAGCAGGCCAGGCGACCCGAUGUUUUCAAUAAUGCUUGGAGGGUGCCACGUUCUGACAGUAUAUUUAAUGGGUGUCGACGUGGAGCGAACUAUCGUCCAAAACAUAGCACUUACUGUAACUGUAUCCGGGCCGCGAAGGGAGAAUGUGGGCAGAGAUUCGAUGUUGAGACGUGUGAUAUUGCCCAUGGUGGUACUGAUAUAACAAAACUUCUUGAACAGAAUUCUGUCAUCCCACAAUUCCGCCAACAACCCAAAAGAGGAAAACGGCAAGCAACCGUAGACGAUCUUCAACCUAUUGGGAUGCCUUUUGAGUUUGAUAAAGACUACAAACCUGCGAUUGCAACAUGGCCGACACCAUCGGGAAAUUGGACAGAGACAAAGGCGAAGACAUUCUGUGAAGAUUACAUCAUGAAGACAAAAGCAACUGAGAACUGCGAGAAAGGACUAUCCUCCAAAUAUACAGAAGAAGUGAACACUUGUAUGCUAGAUAUACAGGUGUCUGAUGGCACAGAUUGGGCAGACUCCUCGCUUGAGUCCGUAAAGGAACAGUGUCAAUCCGAGAUCACGAAGUUUGAUCUUACACCCGACGCCCCGAAAGCAUCAACAAUGCCGGGAAGUGAUAAAGUAACAGUAGCCGACAUUGAGAAGAAUUUGUGUUUGAAUGACUGUAAUGGAAAGGAGAGAGGCACUUGCGUUGAAGGUACAUGUCAAUGUCUCGGUAGCUACGGUGGUAGUGACUGCUCUCUGAGUAAAAAGGACGUACCAACUGUGACUGGAAUACCCCAAGAUGGUCUUUGUAACCAACGUGCUAGCAACUGUAACUCUGUUGUUAUCCAGGGUGAUAAUUUUGUAGACUCUAAAGACCUGAAAUGUUUCUUAGAAGAAGUUGAAAUUGAUAUAGACAACGUUUAUGCGACCGGGAGGAAGAACUACCCAGAGGCCACGUUUAUCAGCCAAGAGCAGGUAGUAUGUCCCCUUCCCACAGAUACCCGUAGCUACCUGGUUAACGUUGCCAAUGACGGAAAGACGUGGAGUAGCAACAGGGUGCUUCACAUCGCCUUUGAUCCUCUUUGUUUCGGUUGCAUGAUCGACCCUGGACAAGGCACUGCAGUGUGCAUGAGGAGGAACGACAAUACAACCUGUAUAAUCGAAGAGCGUUGCUAUGGAGACAACGAGACUAAUGCUGAUGACAGUUGCCUGAGAUGUGAUCCUGGAUUAUCUGACAAAUGGACCAAGAGUCAAUCUAAGGAAUGCAUUGGCAAGAAACUCUCACAAAACAACACAGUGGGAAUAGUUGUGGGCACUGUUGUCCCUGUGGUAGUCAUCAUCAUCAUAGUUGUCAUCAUUCUCGUCUGCUGCUGCAAGAAAAACAAAAGUAAGACAGCCAAUGCGCAAUCAGAUGUACAAUUGUCUUCAAAGGUAGCGCAUAACAACAACGCAUACCAGACAGGACCAGGAGAAAAAUCAGACAUGCAACCAACAGCGCCACCUGUUGUGUCACGUGACAUAGCGGGGAGGCAUCACUACUAUCCGCCAUCAAAACAAUCCACCGAGCUAGAACCAACAUACCUUGAACUGAGCACAAAGAAAUAAAAAACUUUUAGCCACUUGGCAAUCACCUCCAUGAGGCCAUUCAGAUUUUACAUGGUUAUUGCAAAUGAAGAAAAUCUUCAUAAUUGUUGAAAACAGACUAUAAACCGGGAACAUUUAGGCCUACAAUUACUAAAAAAAUGUUUUCAGUAUGCCAUAUUAAUUUGCAACCACUGUAUAUUGUGUCCGAGGUUCAAGACUUACUUGGAUCGCAAAUUGGCGUGUCAUACUAGGAUAGGAUCAAAACUGGUUCAAUGUAAACAUAUCCGUCCAACAACGUUCGCUGCUGUCUCCUUGUAUAUCUAUGCAGGUCAUGAUAUUAAACAAUUUUAAGGAGUUCCCAAUUAUUAUAUGACACACGAGAUUCCGAGUCUUGCUGCAAGUAUGCGAAAUUAAUCAGCGUUCGUGUGUAUUUUUAAUAACGUUUUGUCAUAUAUAUCCAUUUUAUAUUUUUAGAACAUUUUGUUCCGCUUAAUGUUUAUUAAAGGGAAUUAAUAAAUGAGGAUUAGAUAACAGCCGAAGGGCAGUUUUUGUUACUAGUAUUUUCUUUUUUAAUCUUGGAAGUCCAUGGGCAAAACACCCACAUUUGUACUCUUCGAGGUAAAAAUGUUGCAAUAAAUGUUAAACAAAACA